GAGACACCAGCCUGCUUGUUUUCUCUAUCGAUGGAUGAGAAACAAUAACUGUGUUUGCCACUGAAAUCCAUGUAUGGGAGUUGGAAGUAAUCCGGUGGAGUUCACUUUGUUGCUGACCUGUAGAAGGAAACAGGGAUAUGCUUGGCAUACUACGCGAGUGGUUACAACACGACGGAAAUGGGUCAGGAGACAAAGAAUGGAAAACAAUGGGCAUCCAAUUAUGGGAUAUUUCAGAUCAGCAGCAAGUAUUGGUGUAAUAAUGAAGAGACUCCUGAUUCUGCAAACGGCUGUGGGAUAAGGUGUAAAGAUCUCCUGGGAAAUGACUUGGAACCUACUAUCAUGUGUGCAAACAAGAUCGUGAGUGAAAAAGGAAUGGAGGCUUGGAGUUCCUGGGUGGAGAACUGCAAGGGGAAAUGGAUCGGCUACUUCACCUAUUUUUGCUUCUGAAGCUGGCGGAGAUCUUGUUGGUCAGAACUGCUUGGUUUCGGACUUAUUGUCGAACCCAAGGCUUUCACUGCCUGGCCUUGCUUUGCUAAACUAGAGAUUCUGUAUGAAAGGCACUUGCCCUCUUCUCAAAACUCAUUGAA